AUGGCAACCUCAAGAAUAUUUGUCAAGGGCCUGCCGACCAGCCUCACGGAGGCUGACUUUCGGAAGCACUUUUCUGCGGGAAACCGCGAAGUCACAGAUGUCAAGCUCAUGGCACAGCGUCGCAUUGGCUACGUAGGCUACAAGUCACCAGAGGACGCCGAAAAGGCUGUCAAGUACUUCCACAAGACCUACAUUCGCAUGUCCAAGAUUGCGGUCGAGCCAGCAAGAGCAAUCUCAGAUCCUGUCUGGACCAGGGCAAAUGUCGCCACCCGAACCGCCGCACCGGAGAAGGGCAGCAGAGAGCUGCCGUCGCCUGUCGCCGCUGAAGAAGGUGGCUCCAAGAAGAGAAAGCGCGAGGACCUGGACCAGUCAGAUCCCAAGCUGCAAGAGUAUCUUAGGGUCAUGGGGAAAGGAAGGGAGAGCCUUGUUGCUGAUGAGACAGCUGUCGAAUCAAGCGGGGCCGCAGUGCGACAAGCUGGUUCGCUUGUGCCUGACGGGGAGAGCGAUGACGAGUACGUCGAGGUUCCCUCGAAGAAGGAGAAGCUCCGCAAGGUUGAUCAUGCGACGGGCGAGACCAGUGUUGCUCAAGUGACACCAGCGAGGGAGCCAACAUCUCGUAAAGACGAUGCGAGUGUCCCGGCCGACGGUGUGGCUGGGCCGUUGCCUGGUGCCCCAGCCCCAGAAUCUGUUGCGGCGAACCAAUCAGCUGAUGUGGCAAUGGCUGCGACAGAUGACGAUUGGCUGCGCUCUCGAACAAACAGACUUCUGGACUUGGUUGACCCAGAUGAUAUUUCCCAUGUCGCACCCAAAGCAAAGGCUGAUUGUGACAGCUCGGCUGUCCAAGAGGUCGGAAAUGACAAAGAGGCUCCGCAUUCCGAAGAAGACGGAACUCACGAUGGCCAAGACCUUCUCCCACCGCAAGGGCAGGACAAAGACUCAGCUGCAGAGGCUAUUUCGAGAACUUCUCGGCUGUUCGUACGAAAUCUUCCUUACUCCGCCACGGAAGAUGACCUGAGGGAGGAGUUUGAAAAGUUUGGAGGUGUAGAUGAAGUACACUUGCCAGUAAAUGCGCAAGGAACAGCCAAAGGUUUUGCGAUGAUGCUGUUUACAAAGCCAUCCGACGCGGUUGCUGCAUUCCAAGCGUUGGAUGGGGCAACGUUUCAGGGGCGUAUCAUCCACAUCAUUCCAGCGGACGCGAAAAGAGAGCACGGCGUGGACGACUUCUCCAUGUCUAGUCUCCCGCUGAAGAAACAAAACUUGAUUCGCAGAAAGAAGGAGGCGGCAUCCACCACUUUCAAUUGGAAUUCCCUUUACAUGAGCCAGGACGCCGUCAACGCCUCAGUGGCGGCUCGACUUGGUGUCUCAAAAUCAGAGGUGUUGGACCCGACAUCAGCCGAUGCAGCGGUCAAGCAAGCUAUCGCCGAAACGAGUGUGAUCCAAGAUACCAAGGCCUAUUUUGCCGCCAACGGGGUCGACUUGGAUGCUUUUAAGUCUCAGAAGCGGGGCGAUACGGCGAUACUGGUCAAGAACUUCCCAUACGGGACUACCAUGGAGGAACUCCGCAAAUUGUUUGAGGAGUUUGGCACAGUUCUCAGAGUUUUAAUGCCGCCGACGGGUACAAUCGCCAUUGUGCAAUUUGCACAGGCCAAUCAGGCAAAGUCGGCAUUUGGCAAGCUGGCAUAUCGACGGAUUAAGGACAGCGUCCUUUUUCUGGAGAAGGCGCCGAAAGAUCUGUUUACUAGCGAGGCGCCAGCAGUGCCGGUAGCCAAGGCCAACACCCAGCCAACCGGAACGACCAAAUUGAGCGUUAGCGACCUGUUGACAGGCGGGCGCGACAAGGCAGAAGAGGACGAAGUGGAGACGACAUCGCUGUUCAUCCGCAAUUUAAACUUUGCCACAACCACCAGUAGACUAGGUGAAGCUUUCAAACCUCUGGACGGGUUCGUCUCCGCCAGAGUCAAGACUAAGACGGACCCGAAGAAGCCGGGUCAAAUACUUAGCAUGGGCUUUGGAUUUGCCGAGUUUCGCACGAAAGAGCAGGCUCAGGCAGCGCUCAAGGCCAUGGACGGGCAGGCGCUGGACGGGCAUGCGCUGACAGUCAAGGCGUCGCACAAGGGCCAGGACGCUGCCGAGGAGCGAAGAAAGGAAGACAAGGCGAAGAAGGUGGCCGCUCAGCGAACCAAGAUUGUUAUCAAGAACUUGCCGUUCCAGGCAAGCAAGAAGGACAUUCGGACGCUAUUUGGCACCUAUGGUCAGCUAAGAUCCGUCCGCGUUCCAAAGAAGGCAGACUAUACCUCAAGAGGUUUUGCCUUUGCAGACUUUGUGACACCACGCGAAGCCGAAAACGCACUAAACGCUCUGCGGGACACUCAUCUGCUUGGGCGCCGCUUAGUGCUGGACUUUGCUGAGGCGGAGGCAGUCGAUGCCGAGGAGGAGAUUGAAAAGAUGCAGCGCAAGGUGGGAGGCCAGGUGAAUAAGAUGGCGCUUCAGCAACUUACAGGAGGGGGACGCAAAAAGGUGAAUAUUGGCAAUGAAGACGAAGACAUGGAAUAG